AUGCAGGGCUUCAAUAUGGGCCGGUACAUCCCGCCCGACCAAGAAGGCCUCACAACAGCCAACAAGCUCGCAAACAAACACCCGCUGGGAUCCCGCGCGCGGCACCUCCACACAAAAGGCGCCCUAAUCGUGCGCUUCGAAAUGCCCUUCGCAGUCUGGUGCACGACCUGCAAGCCCGAGAACAUCAUCGGCCAGGGCGUGCGCUUCAACGCCGAGAAGAAGAAAGUGGGCAACUACUACUCCACCCCGAUCUACAGCUUCCGCAUGAAACAUACAGUUUGCGGCGGGUGGAUUGAGAUUCGGACGGAUCCGAAGAAUACGGCGAUUGAGGGGAAGGUCGAGGAUAAGAGGGUUGUUGACCAGGCGCGGGCGAGGAUAUUGGAGUUGCAGGAGAGGCAGCAGAGGGAUUGGGAGGAUCCGUAUGAGGUGUCGAGGAGGUUGCGGAGGGGGUUUCGGGCUGAGAGGAAGGGGAUCGAGAGGGAGGAGGCUGUUAAGGAAUCGCUGAAGGAUAAGAUGAGCUUGGGGAUUGAGAUUGUGGAUGAGGUUGAGGAGGAUGCGGUUAGGGCUGGGAUGGUGGAUUUUGAUGAGGCCCCUGUUGCUUCUAUGCGCACGCGGCCUAUGUUUGAGACGGCGUCAUCGUCCCGUCCUGGCGGCGUCGAUGACAAGAAGAGUGGAGGUGCCGGUGGGAAACGCAAAACGGCGGAUCUGGUCGCGGAGCGCAAAGCGUUGUUUCGGAGCGAGUUGGCUGGGAAUACUCGUGCUGUAGUGGAUCCCUUUCUCAAUGGAUCUGGGAACAAUGCGAAUGUCUGGGAACCAGAGGUUAAGAAGAGGAAAGGCGACGGCAAAAAAGUCAAGCAAGGCACUACACGCGACACCGAGGCUCCGGCUGAAAGUACCGAGAGGGAAAUCCGCGAACCGGAAGGUCGAGAAGAAUUGCCAGAUUCGAAGCAACCGGCGUCCCAGGCUCCUGGGCUGGUCGACUAUGGGUCGGACACGGAGUAA